CCCAGCGCAGCGAGCGCGCGCUCACGGCAGGGGCGCGGUGCUACAGUGGCGCCACCUUUAAGCGUCACGGGCAGGGCUCUGCUUCUGGACCUGUGAGUUUGAACAUGUCGCGCCCCAAGGGAAUGGCGGAGCGGGAUCCGCGGGCUGGUUUCAGGACUGAGAGGAGGUACUGUGGUGCUUCGGUACCGCAGGGGCUUUUGAAGGCGGCGAGGAAGAGCGGCCAGUUAAAUCUGUCGGGUCGGAACCUCAGUGAAGUGCCUCAGUGUGUCUGGAGAAUAAAUGUGGAUAUCCCUGAGGAAGCUAAUGAGAAUCUUUCAUUCAGUGCUACUGAGCGAUGGUGGGAGCAGACGGAUUUGGCCAAACUAAUCUUAUCCAACAAUAAACUUCAGUCACUUACAGAUGACCUCCGACUCCUGCCUGCACUCACUGUUCUUGAUGUACAUGAUAAUCAGCUGACAUCCCUUCCUUCUGCUAUAAGAGAGUUAGAAAAUCUUCAGAAACUUAAUGUCAGUCAUAACAAACUGAAAGUACUCCCCGAAGAAAUUACAAAUCUAAGAAACCUAAAGGGCCUGUAUCUCCAGCAUAAUGAACUAACUUGUGUACCAGAGGGAUUUGAACAACUUUUCAAUUUAGAAGAUUUGGAUCUUUCAAACAAUUGUCUUAGAACUAUUCCUGCUAGUUUUUCUUCUCUGUCCAGUCUGGUGCGACUCAAUCUUUCCAGUAAUCAACUGAAGAGUUUGCCAGCAGAAAUAAGUGGGAUGAAAAGACUGAAGCAUUUGGAUUGUAAUUCAAAUCUCUUGGAAACUAUACCUCCUGAAUUAACUGGCAUGGAAUCACUAGAAUCACUUUAUUUGAGGAGGAAUAAAUUACGUUUUCUACCAGAAUUUCCUUCUUGCAAACUAUUAAAGGAAUUACAUGUAGGAGAAAACCAGAUUGAAAUGUUAGGGGCAGAACAUCUUAAGCACCUGAAUUCUAUCCUUGUGCUAGACCUGCGGGAUAAUAAGUUAAAAUCUGUUCCAGAUGAAAUUACGCUGCUACAGUCUUUGGAAAGGCUUGACUUAAGCAACAAUGAUAUUAGUAGUCUACCCUAUUCAUUGGGAAAACUUCAUUUGAAAUUCCUGGCACUAGAAGGAAAUCCUUUGAGAACAAUUCGAAGAGAAAUUAUAAAUAAAGGAACUCAAGAAGUGUUAAAAUAUCUACGAAGCAAGAUUCAAGAUGAUGGACCUAGCCAAAGUGAUUCUUUUAUUGAAACCGCUAUGACACUACCAAGUGAAUCCAGAGUCAAUGUACAUGCCAUCAUCACAUUAAAAAUGUUAGACUAUAGUGAUAAACAAACAACUUUGAUUCCUGAUGAAGUGUUUGAUGCAGCAAAAUGCAAUAUUAUCACAUCUAUUAAUUUCAGUAAGAAUCAGCUAUCUGAAAUUCCAAAAAGGAUUGUGGAACUGAAGGAAAUGGUUUCUGAUGUGAAUCUCAGUUUUAAUAAGUUUUCCUUUAUAUCCUCAGAAGUAUGUUUGCUUAAAAAAUUGACAUUUUUAGAUCUCAGGAAUAAUUUCUUAAAUUCUUUGCCUGAAGAAAUGGAGUCAUUGAUACAACUACAAACAAUCAAUCUUUCCUUUAAUAGGUUCAAAAUACUACCUGAAGUACUGUAUUGUAUCCCCACACUUGAAACAAUUUUGAUAAGUAACAAUCAGAUUGGAUAUGUGGACCCUCAGAAAAUGAAGACAAUGAAAAACCUGAUCACAUUGGAUCUUCAAAAUAAUGAUCUCCUGCAAAUUCCACCAGAGCUUGGUAAUUGUGUGAAUUUAAGAACAUUACUACUAGAUGGAAAUCCAUUCCGCGUUCCUCGAGCAGCCAUAUUAAUGAAAGGAACAGCUGCUAUUUUGGAAUAUUUGAGAGACCGAAUUCCUACUUAACUUGCAGUUGUUUUGGUCUUGGUCAUGUUAAUUCUUAGAAUUCUUAUAUUGAUAACUAACAUUUUCCUAAGGUGGUGUAUACGUUUAUAAUGGCGAUAACCAUGUACAGUGUUCAUGCAUUUGUUCGGAGUGUUUUGCAGAAGAUUCAUCCUACUCACUUUCAUCUCCCUUACAGCAGAGCAGUUUCUUCAGAAGUGAAUUUUUAUUUGGUAUAAUUCAACAUUUUUAUAAUGACAAAGCAUUUUUGUAGAAGUGUGUUUUUCCUCCCUCCCAUGUCUGUUUGUGUUACAUAUAAUGUGACCAACUGACUUGAAUAUGACCAUCCAAAUUCUACCGUUUUAUUAUAUAUGAAAUUGAAUUGAAUUUUAUUCAGUACUCUUAUUUGGCAGUUAAAAAAACAAGUCUUCAUUAUACAUGAUAGGACUUUUAUGAUGUGAUUGGUCUCAGUAUAAGUUUUAAAUUAACAUUCACUCUCCUGUUUUUGUUUUAAUCUAUUUGAAAUGUUUCUUUUCUAGCCUUUUUCCCCAUGUUCUAUGAAAUCAUUUUGUCAGCAUUUGUAAUAUUACAGAAAUGCUGCACAAAAUACAGCAUUGGUAGAAAAAAUAGUAAAAAAUGUUAUUAUAAUUUCACAAUUUUGAAUUUAAAGCAAGUUUUUUAAAUUAUAUCUUAAUAUUAAGUUUCUAUACUGUAAUCUCACACUUCUAGAUGAAAAAUUUAAAGAGAUUGGAUCUGUAUAUUUCCCACAGAGUCUGAGCAUUUUUAAAAUACCCUUUUUUUAUUUAAAAAAUAUACUGAAGACAUUUUAUUAAUUCUAUGGAUAGCAGCAAAAGAAAAUAACAACAGAUACUGCAUAGAAAUCUUGAAAUGUACUGUGUUUAAAACCUACUAAGCAUGUAUUUGUGUAUAGAAUCUACUCUGUUGGUAUAUUCUAAUCCAAUUUGUGCAUUUUUUAAAUUUCCAGGGCCUUAAUUUUAAAAUCUGCUUAUACUCUUCAUAAGACCAAAUUGUAGUCCUGUGGUAAUUUUCUAAAAGGGAAUUUGUUAUAGGUGAGCUUAAUUUAAUAAAAGCAAAUAAAAGAUUUUUAUUUAUACCAAAAAUAUCAGAAGUAGGCUGAUAAGUCAUUAUAAAAUUUACCAUGUAAUCCUAUUAAGUAGACUAUCGAUAGAAUGUAUAUUAAUUUACAUAGAUAGAUGGAUAGGUAGACAAGUAGGAAAGUAAAUAGAAUUAUUGAUAGCUUUUGGAUGAUUGAGGCAUACUCAUAUUAUGAAAAAAAUCAUUGCAAAUAAAGAUAAAUACUAUAUGUUCAUAAUAAAAGUUACAUUUUUUUCAAA